CGCUAUCCUUCCAAUUAAUCGAGCCAUGUCCUGUCCAGCGCCAUCAAAGCCAUCAAAAGUCAGGCAGGCGUGCGAUGUCUGUCACAAACGAAAAAUCCGCUGCGAUGGCUGCCGACCAUGUCAUAACUGUCAAAAUUUGGAUAUAAGCUGUACCUAUUUGGCGGUACCUAAAAAGACUGGACCGAAAGGACCGCGAUAUGCGCGAAGGCCCAGACAACUACCUGCAGCGACAGCAUUUUCAUCUCCUACCAGCCCUGAGAAUGACUUCCCUGGUACCAAUUCAACCACCACGGCAUCUCCACCAUGUCCGAAGCAGUUCUCAGAGUCACCUCAAAUGACGGAUGCGGUUAUUCGAUGGUGUCUCGAUGCAUACUUCAAGCAUAAAUACCCACUUACUCCAAUUCUACAUCGCCCUUACCUCGAGCAAACACCAAGAUCAACUGAACAAUACGGCUUAAUAACAGCAUGUUGUGCUGUCAUAGCUCUCUCGCCGGAAAUAUUACCGCCCUGCCCUGUCGAGGACAAUUUCACGAUUCCAUCGGCAGACUUUUUGAUAGCGGAAACUCUUCGCGCAAGAGAGUUUUGUAAUGUUAUUGAGCAUCCGUCUUUGAUGCACAUUCAAACAUCAUUCUUUCUCCACGCCUCGUUCUUCUCGAUGGAUAAAGACAAUUCGGCUUGGUAUUAUCUGCAGGAAGCUAUAACAAUGCUUCAGACGUUGCGUUUACAUGAGGAGACAACCUACAGCGAUGCAAGCGAUCCGGUCUUUGUGAAGUACGCUCAGCGAAUGUUUUGGGUGCUCUUCAUCACUGAGAGAGCUUAUGCAUUGCAGAGGAAUCGCCCAAUCAGGUUACAAGACACGUUGAAGCUUCCGGAGGUUGACCCGACGUCCUCGGAAGCAGAGAUCUUGCGCGGCUUCCUUGAUCUUAUCUCCCUGUUCCGUCCAUUCGGUCAGGACUUCAUCUCGCAGUGGAACAGUCCAACAUCAUCCACUUCGACAGAUUUCGCAAACCUGUUUCGAUUGCAGCAUCUUCUCAAAUACGCGCUUCCGAACCCUUCAAAUCACUCCCAAGUUCAGCAAGCAGAUCUCCUCAUAUCGCGUCAAUGGCUCAAGAUCGUCGUCUGGAAAUUGUGCGCUUCUAAAAGGGUUCUUUCCACUGCGAAUAGCGAAGAUGUCAUGUCGUUGCACUACCCUGCCAACAUAGCACGCGACAUCGUGUUGGUGUCACAAUUAGUGCCAACACAAGCCUUUGAGGCCAAUGGCAUCGGAAUCGUCGAGAAGGUGUUUGAUGUUGGCUGCUCGCUGGCGGAUCUACUAUCGUUGGUACCGCUGGAAUAUCAGGGCUCAACUAUGGAUGUUGGCGUUAUUGAUACGCUUAUGGAGACAGUGAAAAUUGUCGGGACGAGAUUUGGAGGUAGUUACCGGCAUUUGGACAUACUGGUUGACAAGGCGAGCGGAUGCCUUCUUAUGAACGUGGAUCGAAGUCUUCCUCCACCAGAUUAUGACGAUUCGGAUAAUAUCAAGGAGAUCUGACGUAGCUGAUAAUUUUCUAUAUAUAAAUAAGUACUUAUAUGGAAAGCAAACACUAUUUAA